AUGAAUUGCUUUCCGUGCUUCACUUCUCAAAAAAGCAAGAAAAGCAGUAGCAGCAAGGAUUUUUCUCCUCCUCCACAGGAACAGGAACAAGUUGUAGCAAGACCACCAGAUAUAAAGAAACCAAAGGCAGAAGACAUAAACCAAGUAGACACAUCGAAUAUUAAAGCACACAAUUUCACAUUCCGUGAGCUAGCAACCGCAACAAAGAAUUUCCGGCAAGAAAUGUUGAUGGGUGAAGGUGGCUUUGGCAGAGUCUACAAGGGCACAAUCCCUGCAACCGGCCAGGUGGUAGCAGUGAAGCAACUGGACCGAAAUGGAAUGCAAGGAGGAAGCAAGGAAUUUCUGGUUGAGGUUUUGACUCUAAGCCUCAUGAGCCAUGAGAAUCUCGUCAAACUCACUGGUUAUUGUGCCGAUGGUGAUCAACGUCUUUUGGUGUAUGAAUUCAUGCCUGCUGGCUCUCUAGAAAAGCGCCUUCUCGAGCGGGGACCGGAGCAACCUCCAUUAGAUUGGUACGUGAGAAUGAAGAUAGCAUCUGAUGCGGCAAAAGGACUAUGGUACUUGCACGACAUGGCAAAUCCCCCUGUCAUAUUCAGGGACUUGAAAUCCUCCAACAUCUUGCUGGACAAUGAUAACAAUGCAAAGCUAUCCGAUUACGGACUUGCAAAACUUGCUGGUAAAGAUAAGAUGAACAUUGUUCCUACCAGAGUUAUGGGCACCUAUGGUUAUAGUGCCCCUGAAUACGUAAGAACAGGUCAACUCACCUUGAAGUCAGAUGUCUAUAGUUUCGGUGUUGUCUUGCUAGAGCUCAUAACUGGACGCCGCGCAGUUGACACCACUAGACCCAACGACGAGCAAAAUUUAGUUUCAUGGGCACAACCCAUAUUUAGAGACCCGAAAAAGUAUCCAGAAAUGGCAGAUCCACUUCUGAAAGGCAAGUUUCCAGAGAAGGAUCUGAAUCAAGUUGUUGCAAUAGCAGCCAUGUGCCUACAGGAGGAAUCAGCAGCGCGUCCUCUCAUGAGUGAUGUGGUGACUGCCCUCAGUUUUCUCUCAACAACUCCGCCUCCGGAGGCCAAUCCUCAGCCUGAGCCUGAGCCUGAGCCUGAGCCUGAGACCGAGCCGGAGCCUGAGCCUGAGCCCGAGCCUGAGCCUGAGCCUGUCCCUGCCCCUGCCCCUCUUUCUGCUGCGCGGUCGGCCAAGAGUGAAGCAUCCGCAAGUGUGAGUGGCAGCGGUAGUGACAGCGGAAGUGAUAGUGGAAGCUACAGCCAGAGCCAGAGCCAGAGCGAUUAUGAUGGAUCUGAUGGUGAAUCAGACUACUAUGAAGAGGAUGAAGAUAAACGAAGCUACAGCCCACAAGAUAGUAUACAAUCCAGGGAAUUCUACUCCAAGUCAAGCCGCAAAAGCAGCACCAGAUCAUCGUCCAGGGCUCACAGCGAUGUAACUUCGAAUUCCGAAGAUGAAAGGAGAGGACCAUCCCCACGCAAAGCCAGUAGGAAACAUUUAAGCCAGAAGAUUAGCAAGAAGUCUUCCAGCAAGGAAAAAGAAUUAGGCCAGAAUAGCAGUAAGAAAGCUGCUUCUCGGAAGAACAGAGAAUUAAAGCAGAAGAGUAGCAGAAACAAAGAUAGAGAAUUGAGCCAAAAGAGCAGUAAGAAAAAACCAUCAUCUUCUUCAAAGAGGAGAACCGGGGUGGGACCAGAGGAGUCAAAGUCAAGGGAUGAAGGUGAAGCCAUGCUUAGUGAGAGAUCAUCACGAGAGGAUAUAUCUUACGGUCACGACAACCAAGAGAGUAGUGAGAGCAUCCCAUUCGAGUAUGAACGCAGCAAGGAACCAUCAGCUAUCCCGCCAUUGCCACCAACAGCAAGCACUCUCACAUAA